AUUGAUUUUUUAAGAACAGAUCUCAAGCUAAAUAUUUAAUUUGUUUUAAAAAACAAUAAUGAUAAAUCUAGUCAGUGACAAUCAUAGAAAAAUGAAGUCUUCCUCGCCAGUGUCCGCUUUAUGUGAAACAAGAAAAUACGUUAUUACCUGCACAUCAGUGAAAUCCGUUGCAUUAUGAAAUUAAAACAUUAUCCAGGAAAAGCGGUCAUGGAGGACCCCUGGCUUUCUAUCAAUGAUAGGACUAUGGACCUUGUUUAUGCUGCGAAUUGGGUUGGAGCAAGCAAUCUCAGCAGCUAUAAUGAAAACGACAACGGUUCUAACAAGGUCAAAUUUAACUCAAUAUCCAGGAGUAAAUCCUGUCGCGACAUCGGACGCAAUGACAAAGAUACAAGCAAAGCGAGCUCUUUUGACGACGAUGCUUACAAAUCCGAUCAAAAUGUUCCUAGUGAAAAUAUUUCACCUCUAGCCAAGUAUCAACAAGAUAUAGAAGAAAAAGCUAGAGCAAACAACGAUCUUAUUAGUCAAAAUAAAUUAAAACAUAGCUAUAGUUUCAAGGAUAUGCCAAAUGGUUACAAGCCUUCUACUCUACGACGAGUGAAGCGAAGAAACUUUACCGAAUGGGAUAUUGAAGCAUUUGGUUCGAAUGAACGCCAAGCACCCGCUCCUCCACAAAGAAAAGAUUCCCUCAAAUAUGCACACAGGCAAAGGAAGGUGGACUCUAAGAAAUCAUAUUAUCCGUUACCGGACCCUGGUCCAGUACCACCGGAUCCAUCAUCUGAAUCAUAUUAUGAAUAUUAUUCAAGAGUAAGUCAACAGAACAAUGAUACCGACAGUGAUAAGAUAAAGUUACAGAAAGAUACUAAGAAAGAGCGAAGUUCAAAUAACGAAAUGAAACUAAACGGCACAGUUCGGGGCUACAACAAUGGUGGAGACACGAUGUAUCACCUGAUAAAUUCUAUGGCUACAUUAGAUUUAUCACCUAUUAAAGCCAGAUCUAAAAAGAACCUCGACACAGAUUGUGAAGCGGAAGAUUUAGGCUUAUAUAUGCGGCCUAUUAAGGAAUCGUUAUCUACAUGCGAUCGACUUCCUGAGCGCACUACGCAACAAGAGAACGAGCGAAGCGGACGUGCAGAUGACGUAAAACCCAGUUUUCGUUCUAAAUCGAUGCGAGUUAAAAGCGAAGGUAGGGCACCGCUUCGUGCCUAUCUUGACUCUGUAAAUAAUGAUAGCAAGGCGUUUAAUAGUGUGACGGUCACGCAGCCGAAAAGGAACCUUUCUCCGAGCGAGCAGCUUACGUUAAUGCAGUACGAUAUGUUUAAUAGUAAUCAAAAGCAACCCGCGACUCCUAUCAACGGAUUUCACUCGUUUGAUGAAGCGAAAGAAAGUGACUAUCGGACUACUAACGGUGCUUUAAAACAAAUCAAACGUGAUAAGUAUGGAAAGUUGUAUAAUACAGUGAGGGUGAAAAGUGAAGACAGGUACGAUAGGUAUAAUGACAUUUUAUCGUUUACUCAACCAAAAGAUGUGAUAAGUGAACAACGAGUGACUACCACGAACGGAGUAUUCUCUAGAAGUGCCAAAAGUUCGUCAAGUGGUUCGGAUUCUGACUUUUCUAUUCCUCGUCCUAAGUUGAUUGUGCCAGUCCACACGUAUGGGCUUAGGAAAAGACGUACUGGAAACCUUUGUCAACGUGACAGUAACGCUACGGAAUCCACGCUCGAUGCCGGAGUAUUACUUGAUGUAACACGAUUGGAAGAUUCUAACAAUGCGUCUGGUGAAAACGAGGACUCAGAGGGCAGAGUGGAGGUGUCGCGAGAGAACAAAUACCUCAGCACGAUGGCGCCUGGCAAGGUAUUCGGAGAACUGGCAAUACUGUAUAACUGCAAGAGAACAGCCACCAUCAAGGCAGCCACCGACUGUCGCCUUUGGGCCAUCGAACGGCAAUGCUUCCAAACCAUCAUGAUGCGUACCGGUCUCAUACGACAAGCUGAAUACACUGACUUCCUUAAGAGUGUUCCGAUCUUCAAAAACCUGCCGGAGGACACAUUAAUCAAGAUCUCAGAUGUACUAGAAGAGACUCAUUACCAGAAUGGUGACUACAUAAUCAGACAGGGGGCGCGAGGUGAUACCUUCUUCAUCAUAUCUAAAGGACAGGUUAAAGUCACACAAAAGCAGCCUAAUAGCAACGAUGAGAAGUUCAUCAGAACUCUUACGAAGGGUGAUUUCUUUGGAGAGAAAGCAUUACAAGGGGAUGACCUGAGAACGGCGAAUAUCAUUUGCGACUCUCCUGAAGGCACAACGUGUCUGGUCAUCGACCGAGAGACAUUCAACCAGCUCAUAUCCACCCUCGAUGAGAUCCGCACGAAAUAUAAGGACGAAGGUGACAGCAGACAAAGGCUUAACGAAGAAUUCGCCAACUUACGUCUCUCAGAUUUACGUAUCAUUGCCACCCUUGGUAUCGGCGGUUUCGGAAGAGUCGAGCUGGUGCAAAUACAAGGCGACUCGAGUCGUUCGUUUGCCUUGAAACAGAUGAAGAAAGCACAGAUCGUUGAAACGAGACAGCAACAACACAUAAUGUCGGAGAAAGAGAUAAUGUCAGAAAUGAACUGCGAAUUUAUAGUAAAACUAUACAAGACAUUUAAAGAUCGGAAAUAUUUAUACAUGUUGAUGGAAACCUGCCUCGGUGGUGAACUUUGGACUAUACUGAGAGAUAGAGGACAAUUCGACGAUGCCACAACGAGGUUCUACACAGCGUGUGUGGUUGAAGCUUUCCAUUAUCUACAUUCGAGAAAUAUUAUAUAUCGAGAUCUUAAACCAGAAAAUCUGUUACUGGACUCCAAGGGAUACGUGAAACUGGUAGACUUUGGGUUCUCAAAGAAGCUGCAGGCCAGCCGUAAGACGUGGACGUUCUGCGGCACACCGGAAUACGUUGCCCCUGAGGUUAUCAUGAACAGAGGUCAUGAUAUCAGCGCGGAUUACUGGUCAUUGGGUGUCCUUAUGUUCGAACUGCUGACGGGUUCGCCGCCAUUCACUGGCGCUGACCCCAUGAAGACAUACAACAAGAUCCUGAAAGGUAUCGACGCGGUGGAGUUCCCGCGCUGCAUCACGCGCAACGCCGCCAACCUCAUCAAGAAACUGUGCAGAGACAACCCAGCGGAGCGGCUCGGAUACCAGCGGGGCGGCAUCACAGAGAUACAGAAGCACAAAUGGUUCGACGGCUUUAACUGGGAGGGUCUGGCGAUGCGUACGCUGGAACCGCCCAUCACGCCAGUGGUGAAGUCAGCACUGGACACGCACAACUUCGACCAGUACCCGCCCGAUGCCGACGAACCACCGCCGGACGACCUUUCCGGUUGGGACGCCACAUUCUAAUUUUCGACUUCAAAUCGAUUUUAUAUAUAAAAAAAAUCGAUGUUUUACACUCGAGUAAUAAUCGAUUUAAGGAUGUAAACUAACAAGUUGCGUUCGUCCUAGUGUUGAUACUAAAAAUCCAUGUUGCGUUCCGCUAUACAAAUAAUAGGAAGUUUGCCUUUAUUUGCCCAUAUUCAUUUAAAAAGGCAACAGAAAACAUUAUUUUUUUCAUUUUGUAUUUAAGAUAUAAAAAUUUACUUUACCUUUAUUGAUUUUUAUCUUUUAGUCUGCAUCUACACAAAAGAAGGGUUACCGUUCAGAUAAAAUUAAUCGCGACACAUAUUUUAAUAUCUUUGUUAACUCGGAACGCAACUCGAUAACUCCACUGAAAAAAUCGAUACAUUCUUUUAAAAUUAAACUUUAAGUUUUAUGACAUAAGGUCGUUUUUCCUUUUACUAAAUAUGAUGAUAUCAAUUUAAUAAGAAUUGUCAAUCGAGUUAUUUUAUUAUUUACUUAAUUAAUCGAUCUUUAGAUCAUCGAAUAAAUCAAUUAGUAAGGUCCAUUUUAAAGUCACUUUUCUCUAAAGAACGUAUUUUUUUUUAAAUUACAAAACGAAUUUGAAACUAUCUUCAUCGAAUUAAAUUGUUAAUACGAUUCUCUUGUUACUAUUAAAACGCCUUAUUUAAUAAGUAUAGUUAUUUUCUCAUUAAGUUAAAUUGUUUUAAUAAAAUUCGUGCACAAAAACAUGAUACUUCUGUAUGACGUCAUAGUUCCGUAACUUACAGUACAGGUAAGAGGUUAGUGAGCAUCGCAACUUCAUGUUUUUGUGCACAAGUUGUAGUAUAACUAAUGUUUAAAUAAGAUACAGCGCUUGCCAAUGGUAACCGUUAUUAUUAUAGAUUUACCGUAGGUUUCUGAAACCACAAAAAAACUAUUCUUUAAAAAUGUUGUUAUCUCUGUUUUAUCAAUGACACAGAUGACAAUAUUUUAUACAGAGAUUUUGGGCUCGGAAACCAACUAUUAAAAUGUGUAAUUUAUUUCAUACGAACUUUUACAUUUAUCAAAGAACCAUAGAACAAAAAACCGGUCAUACAAUAAACUUGAAAAUAGUAAAAUAUAUGUUAUAAUUAUCCAAUAAAACAUACAAGAUUCAUAUAAUCAUAUAUGUACAUAAAAUAUAAAUAUAUGUACGGGAAUUGCGCAAUAAUAUUAAAUAUCAUUACAAAAUAUUUACAACAGGGUGACCGGUGUACCAAAACUACGUUACCAGAUUAUAUUGACAUACUAUUGAAGUAUAUUUAUUUUGUACAUAAUUUUUAUAUGUUUAGAUAAUUUCUAAACUAUAUAAUAGCCAAUGUUUUACUUAACACUAAUGAAAUUAAAGAUCUUUUAAUAAUGAAAAUGUUUUCAUAUAUGUAAAAAAUCAUAGGAAAAUGUAAACAAUAAUUACAGUGUUCCUAAAAUCAUUAUCAAAAAUUCACUUUUAUAUUUAUUCAACACAAAAUUUAUAAUUAUAUUAAUUUUUGCAUUGUGAUACAAUUUAUUUUAAAUAUUUUAGUGCUGAUUUAAAAUCCUUUCGGUGCUCAAAUAUAACAAAAUAAACGUAACAGAUAUAUUGUAAAAAUUAUUAAAUAACUUUGUUGCCUUAUAUAUAUGAGUUUAGUUUGUCAUGUACUAAACUAUAGACCGACAAACUUAUCUGACCCGGUGGAUAUAAGUAACAACCAAAAUGUUAAGGAUAGUGCUCAGUCUUGUCUUGCCUAGUGUCUAGCGCCUAGUCUUGUGACAUUUUUAUGACUGACUGUGGAUUUCUUAGACCGAAAUCUUCCCAUAAAAUAUAUUUUUGUUUUGUCAAGAUAAUGACUGAAAUGACGAUAUGUUUUAUACAGAGAUUUCGGUCUUGGAAACUAAAGUUAAUAAGGUUAUACAUGUUUUCUAACAACAAACCGUUAUAUACCUUUUUCACCGGGUCAGAAAAGUUUGUCGCACUGUAAGAUCCUUGAGUAGCUAACUUGAAACAUGACAUUAUGUUAAGACUAAAACCUAAAUCCAUUCGAAGUCAAUUUAUAUUAAGUCUUCCAUUUAUUAAUUUUACGCACAUUUUCAUUGUAAAUAUUCUUUUUUAAGUAUACAAUUUAAUUGUAUAAAACAAAAUUUUAAUAAAUAUUAAUUUUUGCUUAGAUGAAUUAUUGUUUAUGUUUUAUCAUAAAAUGUAACAAGAACAUGUAUUUUUGUAAUCAUAGUUUUAAUACAAAAUUAUUGCGCGUAAAAAAACCUUUAUUGUUU